CCUGUCAACAUUCAGUGCGCUCUUGGCCACGGUGGAGGAAGGAUGUGUUGCGCCGGUCUCCCAGGAAACUAAUACCCACACACCUGUUGCUCAUUCCAAGCCUGUCCUGCCGCUGAGCUCACCUGGGGACACACACCGGCGCGGACAGGAAAUUGAUUGGUCAGUCUGUCAACCAAUCAACGAACGAGACUUCUUCCUGUGAUAACAAGUGCUGUGACCUGACUUCACCUGACCUGUAGAGCGCGCCACAAAGGUCACCAGGGAGGCGGCGCUAUGUAGACCCACAGACCAGGUCAACGCACACGUGACCUGGAUUCUACAAACUUAACCUGGCCCAAUCUGACCCCACCCUGCCCUGACCUGACCUCACAGCAUGUCAGUCAUUUGCAAGACCUUCGUACAGAACACUUGGCGGCGUGACCUCUGUUCCAACUGCUUCAAGAGUAAAGAGGAGCAUGGAGGAGGGGGAGGAGGAGGAGGAGGACUUAUAGGAGGAGGAGGAGGAGUAGGAGGCAGUGUGGAUUUAGGCCUAGGGGAAGAAGAGGAGGACUUUAGCCUGGAGGGAGUAAGGCCUGGGUCAAAAAGAUACGUGGGAGUGGCCGGGCGUGUGUAUCAGAGAGGGUAUUAUGCGCAGAACUCAUGGAAAUCUCUAGUUAUCGACAAGUCAGACCCUUCCACGCCUUCUGCAGCGACCCGGCCCACCAGCAGCGUCUCCCUCAUGUCCCCGGCGCUGAUCAGGGGCGUGGCGUCCUCCCUAGUGACCCAAGAGAACGAGAAGAACCGGAAACUGAGUGAUCUCGACACGCCAGACCUGUUUGGAAGUGAUAGGCUCACACGCAGACUGUCUUCCACUCUUACUACUACUGGUACUGCCGCGCCCACCACGCCCGCCACCGUCCCGCCUCCGCGCCAGAGCCAGGCUAAGAUACUCUCCCAGCUGCUGGAUGACAAGGAAGAGGUGGAGGAGAGGAGGGAAGAGGGCAAGAAGAGUGUAGAUAAGGAGGAGUUUGAGAAAGGAGAUGCCAGCAGUGACUUGGGUUCCGAGGCGAGUAAUGAUAGUGUGGUGUCUUCUGCCUCAUCUCCCUCAUCUCCGUCCUCCACCUCCUCCGUAGCCUCCUCCUCCACCUGCCAAGUGUCCUAUUCCGCGCCCAACAGCGACACAGCGUCUAUUAAGAGCGAGGGAAGGAGGAGGAGGAAGAGGAAGAGAGUAAGAUCAAACUAUCAUUGUGCCCCUAAAAGCAUCCUAAGAAAAACGUCCUCACCGAAGAAAACGAAGCGCAGCAAGGAAGGGAGGAGGGGCGUCACUUUUAACUCCCAGCUGCAGGAACUGAUAGGGUACGGCGGGGACGUGGACUACGGGGAUGACGAGGAGGAGGGUUACCAGGAUGAGGAUGACGAAGAUGACGAUGAUGAGGACUUCUUUGAGGACCUGGCCAGCUUGACGCCCCACGAGAGGAUGCUGCGAAGGGAGACGAUGAAGAACACUGAAUACAACUCUGAUAACAAGAACCUCAGCAAGGAUAUACCGGAGGAUGAAAUUCUGCCUUCUGUUCAGGAGCUGGAGGAGAAACGAAAGCUUAUCCUGGCUGAGAUAGAGGCUCUGGAGAGACUGGGCAGGGAGAACAAGCUACGGAAUGAGAAGGUGAAGGAGGUGGUGAAGGAGGCGGUGCAGGAGGACACCACCAAGCAGGAAGCGCGGGUGAAACUCAAAAGAUCCUCUCCUUUAGUCUCCACGAAGCCUUUGAUAGCUCGCACGUCCUCUUCGGAGCCUCGAGUCAACCAGGUCCUACCCAUGAAGAACGGUGAAGUGGUGCGACCUGGUGUGACGGCUCCUGUGGCUGCCCCGCUCAUAGACGCCCCGCCCAAGUACGUGUCACUGGAGGAGGAGAUGGUGGAGAAGGAAAUCCCGCUGCAGGAAAGACCAGACGAGGUUAAAAAUACCCACAAAGUCACCUCUAUUGAUGACGUCUAUGAGAUCAAGGAGAAAGUCACGUGUUUAGAUGAUGUUUGCCGACCCAAGAAGGAUGCCUCGCCUUCGCCCCCUCCGUCAGGUAGUGCCACGGAGCCUCCAGCAGUCCCCAGGCCCACCACAGCGCCCCCUGCCCGCCCUGCACCGCCCAGCAAGGCCCCAGCAGUCAGGUCAGCUUCUGAAUGUGGGAAAGCGGUGACGAAAGACCAGGCAGUGAAGGAAAACAAGGGAAUUGAAAAGAAAAGUGCGUCUCCUCCACUUCCUUCUACUUCUCCUCCUACCACCACCACCAUCACCACCACCACACCAGCCUCCACACCCUCAUCCACAUCCACAUCCACCACAGUCACCACUAGCAGUACUAAUACAUCAUCCACCACCACCACAAAGCCCUCCACAGCCACCACCACUACUACCUCCACCACCACCACCACCCCCACAAAGGCCCCACAUCCUGUCUCUGCCCCAAGAAAGUCCCUCACUAAUGGAACCGCGAAAAAGGAACCUGUUUUACGACGAACCUCCACCACUACCUCUACCACCACCACCACCACCACCAGCAUGACAGAGAAGGUGGUGAAGAAGGAAGACUCACCAUCUGUCACCGUCAAGUCUGAUGCCUCUCCAGCCUCUUCACACAUGGAGAGUCAAGCGAAGGAGUCGAGAGUGAGUCAGAGUGAGUCAGGUGUCCCCAGCGUGUGUGAGUCGCCGCGCCUGGUUACUCAGAGCUCCCUGGAGUCCACCAAGGCUCCAGCGAGUCGCCAGAGCAGCACCUCAAGCUGUAUGUCCACCUUUGGCACCCCUAUCAUGCUCCCCACCACCACCUCCUCCUCCUCCACGCCCCCCCAGCAGAACACCUCCUUCCUCCACUCUUCCAGGGGGGCGUAUGAGGACCCCUACAGCUGUCCUGCUAAUUUGGUGGCCCCAGCAACACCAGACUUCCUGCGGGAGAUCAAGACACCCCCAGAGGUACCCACCCCUACAGCAGGCAUCUCCAAGUCUGCCCUCUAUGCCUCCACCUCCUGCCUCAAGGGACUCCCUGGGGCACGGCCUGUCAUCACCCCCAAGCCACCCAUGCUUAGAAAGCCCCGCGUGCCCUUAAAACCUCCGCCGGCCACCAGGGGGAUCUAUGCCACGCCAGCGCCCGUCACCCCUAAGGUCCCCAUCACAGGGCUCUCCGGGGCUGUCUCCACCCCUAACCUUGCGUCCAUGGGUGACUCAGCACUCUCGCUAGUACCCAAGCAGACACACCCACCAGUAGCGCACGCCUUCAGCACCCCCGUCAGGAAGGAGGCUGUGUAUGACAUCCCGGUGACCCUCCCACCCACCACCACCACCACCACUACCUCCUCCACCAUCUCACCGACACCCACCACCAUCACCCAAAACAAACCACCGACUGACGACACCAUAUAUCACGAGAUUACCGACACACUGACCAGCACCACCACCACCACCACCACCUCCUCUCCCUCCAACAUCCAAAGACACGAGUCCGCAAGGUGCCAAACGAGAUCCACUUUCGAAGCUAACCGUUCCUUACUGUCAGCCGCCCUUGACUUCAACAGUAGGGCGAAUCUGGCCAGACGGUCCGCACCCACACCUGCUGAGGACGACGAGGAGGACCAGGGGCACCCCGAGGAACCUGAAGGAACGACACAGACCCUGCAGGACGUUCAGAAGGAUAGGGAGUCAGCAUCCUCCUUCACUGAUGAUUUUGAUGAUGAUGAUGAGGAAGAGUUUGGAGAGGAGAGGAAGAGGGAAGAGAUACACCAGGCUCUCCCCGCCAUUACCACCACCACCGCCACCUCUUCCUCUUCCCCCUUCAGGAAUUCCAUCGGGCCUAUUGUUACUCAUGAGACGCAAGGACCUUACCAGCAUCCCAGUAGACCGCAGGAAGUGGAGGAACACCCCAGGGGCACCUCAGAUGACCUUCAAAUGUACCAGGUCCCACAGACAAGACCCAUCGCUUCCAGGUCACACUCUGUACCAAGGGCGUCGGAUCAUGUGGUUCGCCGGGUCAAUGAGGUGACGGGGCCGCUGGUGACCUCUGCUGCUCCUGUGUCCAUUAUUGGGGGCACUGUGACCUCAUCCUCUUCCGCCUCCAGUAGAUUCUUUAGUCGAUCUGGUUUCUUCCGGCCCUCCUCUCCUCCUGCAGGUGGGAAGAAAGACACAACCUCCUCCUCCUUCUCCUCCUCCUCUGAGCGGGGAAGAGAGAGAACAAAGAAGACCUCCUCCUCUUCCUCCUCCUCCUCCUCCUCUCGGCAGUUUUUGAAGAGACUGUUGCGGCUGGGGGGAGGGAAGGAGGAGGACAAGGGGAAGGAGGUGAAGAAGGAGGCGCUGAAGAAGGGAAGACCCACCAUCAUCCACCCACUGGACUACAAUGGACAGGGUGUGGAGGUCAUUGCUCGGCCAGAGAAGACGAUGCCUCUCUAUGACUACAGUGGCAUCUAUGGGUAUGUGCCACCCCCCCAGGCAGUGCCCCGCUUGCCCCCUGAGGAGACCUAUGCCAUCCCCGCCCAGGCUCGAGCGUCCCCCGUCCCCUCCUCCUCCUCCCUCUCCGCCACCUCCUCCAUCUCCUCUGACCCCCCUACCUCAGCCAGGGGGGAGGGAGGGGGUGUGGUGUAUGACCCUACCCCCCUCCCUACCUCCCUUCCUGCCCCAUACACCACCACUACCUCCACCAUCUCCACCACCUCCACCACCACCACCACCAACAGCACUUCCCUAGAGAAAAGGAAUUCUAGUGUGAGAAAGCAGGAGUCCACCUCAGGAGGAGCAGAGGUGGAGAGGCGAGAAUCCCUCCUCAGCCACACCUCCACCACAACCACCUCCACCACCUCCACUAAUAACAACAACAACAACAGCAGUAGCAGCACUCAUGGUCUUGGCUAUAACUCUGAAGGACGCCCUAGACCACCCCCACCACCCCGCAAAGCCUCCUUAGAAUCCCCCCAGCCACCCCAGAAGCCUUCCCCUCAGCUGACUCCACUGUCCCCUCGCCCCAUCCAAGCCUCCCCAGAGACCCCUGCCCGGCCACAGCGUCCCCCCCCCCACUGCACCCCAAGCAAUGCGGGACUAAGACUGCCCCUGCCCGGACCCCCCAAACUAGCAAGAGAUUCUGUUUAUGCUAAUUUAGGUGACGUGCGUGCCCCCAUCACCCCUCGCAAGCCAGGCCGUUCCUCCAGCAUCAGGGGUGAAGAGGACAGGGAGAAGAGGAGAGCCCCACAGCCCCCCGCCAUCAUACAGGAUAAAGAAGAAAGAUUACCACAAGUCUUUGCAACGCCUCACCCACACACCCACACACUCUACCCCCAGCAAGCAGCACAGGAGGCAGCACAGAAGGCCAGCAGCAGAUACCAACACCAGAAACAAGACAGUAUUAGCAGCACAGGCAGCAGCAGCACACCCCGGCCAGUCAGCAAGGGUCCAGCUCCUGCCCGGCCACCUCCACACCCCAACAGUGCAGCUGCCAACACUGAAGCUGCACUGGAGGAAGAUGAUGAUACUGGACCAAAAUACCACCACUACCCACAACAACAACAAGACAAGGAGAGUGCAGAGGAUGGAGGAGGAGGAGGAGGAGGAGGAGACCAGGGGACAAGAACCAGGAGGAGAACAAGGAGAACCAACUCAGACCGCCGUAACCCACAGGAGGGUGGGGGGCGGCUGAGCGGGGGGCGAGCGGGACCCCUGGCGCCGAGGUCCCUUCAGGCGCAGUAUGGGGCCGUCAUGUCUGCCAAUAUGGAUGCUCUUGCUAAUAUUCUUGACCAGCUCUCUGCAGAAACACACCCACAAGGCUAUGAGGAUCUGGUAAGCAUGUCAGCUACCUGGGGUGACAUUAACAUCGAUGACCGCAUCCUGGUGGGGGCGGGGCAGCGACUCUUCUAUCAAGGGGCGCUGCGGGGCCGGGACGUCACCCUCAUGUUGACGUCGGAGGCAAAGAUUGAGGCUCAUCACCUCCUGACGCCGCUCCCCCUGGUGGCCUUCAAGGAGGACCACCUGCCUGCACGCCUCCUCUCACACCGUACCAUUGUUAGGGGGAAUUUCUCACCUGGUACAGUGUGGGUCCUUCCUCCUAUGAAGCUGACAACACUAAGGUCUCGCAUCAAGGAGGAGAUGAGGGAGCCUGGGCCUGGGGAAUGGCUGCAGGACGCGUGUCUCCUCUUGCUGCAGCUGGUGACGGGUCUGAAGCAGCUGCAGGCCAGGGGGGUGGAGGAGACUUCACUGGACCUGGCAGUGGUGGCUCGGGACAGCAGGGACCCUCACCCACGCUUGAUUCUUGUCCCACCGCCACCUGAUGCCUGUGGAGGUGCCAUGUCGUUGUGCCAGUGUGCUGCAGCGGCCACUCUGCUGCUAGUGGGGGCGCUGCAGCCGGAGCAACAGGCCAGGGAGGGCAGCUGUGAGGUGCCGCCCUCUAUCCCCUCUCACCAUGCCUUUGUCUGUCUCCUGCAACUUCUACACAAGGAACGCUCUGUCUCGCUCACCCAGGCCAAGAGGGUGCUGGAGGCCAUGCUGUUUGGACCAGAGAGCUUCCUGGCAGGGGAGGAAGAGGACGAAGAUGAAGAGGAGGAGGAUGACGAGCAGGUGGAGGCAACCCUGGAGCGAUGGCUGGAUCUGGAGAGAGCCACCGUACUCCACUCCCUCACCCGCGGCCCCCCACACUCCCCCAUCCUGACCAAGUUCCACCUGCUGUUCCUGGUGAGCACCUCGGCCAGGGUGAUGAGGGAGGCAGUCAGGCUUUUGGCAGCGGCACGACCACAACCCCCUGAAGUGACGUCUUUUUAAACUUUUCUUCAAUUUUCUUCUUUUUUAUAUAAGAGGGGAAAUCUGGCCAAGGUAAACAAAAAGAAUUCAACAAAAAUGGCCACUGCAAUGCCAGUCCCCAGUAGGAAGUGUUGUUUAUUGACUGAUUCAUUAGUUCCUUUGUUUUUUUUCUUUUUCAUCUGUACCCUUAGGAAAAUCUAGCUUUUUUAAUUUAUUAUUGGGUGGAGGAAAUUUGACCUUCCUCUCCUGGAAGUUUUGUCUUUUAAACUGAACAAAAAGUGUUAUUUAUUGAUUGGUUCAUUUGCCUUUUUUAUUUUUCUUCUUUUUCACCUGUAUCUUUAGGAGAAUCUAGCUCUUUUAUCUAUUAUUAGGUGGAGCAAUCUUGGUUCCUGGAAAUUUAGUUUUUUUAUGAACUAAAAGAAGAAAUGUGUUAUUUGUUGAUUGGUGGCUUUUGUUUAAUCAGUUUUUCUUCUUUUUUCUGUAUUCUUUGAAAGGUUUAGUUUACUUAUUUGUUCAUAGCCAGCAUGCCCUUGACUCAUGGAAGUGACAUCUUUCUGAACUAAAAAGAAAAGUCACUCUAUUUAUUUAUAGAUCAUUUUUGUUCUCUCUCUCUUGUACUCAUAGGAAAAGUGACAUUUUCUUUUAUUGUUUUGUCCACUGUGAUGUUUGUUUAGGUUACUCCCACAAGAGUUGCUCCAGGAGAGAGAAAUGGUCAAGUAUUCUUUUUAAGUCAUCAAACACAUCAAGAUUUGUAUUGCUUAAUGAAAAAAUAAGCGAUUUUUUAUUUAUUUAUUUUUUUUUUUUUUGAGUUCUUCAAAGGUGAUAGAUUGUAUUUUUCUUCAAACCAAUUCACCCAAAGAAGAGAGUGACCUUUUUUUACGUGUUUGAAAAAAAGGUUCAUUCUUGUUAUUAGUGAGCUCCCAGAAGUGCCUGACCUCUCCCUGAAGUCACCGUGAAGUGAGUGCCUUGUUUCAGAGGCCAACUGUCUUCCAUAAAAAGAAAACUCAACUUCUGUAAGGCACAAAGAGUGACCUUAACCAGAAACUUAUUCAGAAGCACCAACAGGAAGAUGCUCGUGUUGUGACCCUUGUGUGCCUUAUCUUGCCUGACCUGACCUGAUCUGACCUGAAGCUGUACCUUGCUCACUCAUCCUCCAAGGCAGCACCACCCUCAUGAGUUGCUAGGGAAUCUCAACACCUCAUCACUUAUUGAGGACAAGAGAUAGAGGGGAAUCAGAAUGCUGUAUCUAUCACUGCUGGGAUGGAUGGAGAGGGGAUCUGAAUGCCCUACCCUUCUAUACUGCUGCCAGGAGGGAGGGAAGGAGGAUCUGAACACCUUAUUCUUUAUUUAAUGGCAGGAGAUAAGAGGGGAAUCAGAAUGCCUUGUUUAACACUGCUGGGAAGGAGAGAAGGAUCUGAAUACCCUACCCUUAUUUAAUGUUGCCAGGAGGGAAAGGAGGAGGAUCUGAAUACAUUAUUUAUUCUCUCUUGCUGCUGGGAGGGAGGUAAAGAGAAGCAGAAUGCCCAGUGUCCCUGUGAUGGUGGGAGGGAUGCAGAGAGGAUCCAAUGCCCCCAUUCCCUGUCUAAUUAUACUGGAAGGGGCAGCUGAUCCUAAGUCAUUUCAUUCCCAUGUGCUAAUAUUUCACUGGAUAGGACUGUGUGUGUGUGUGUGUGUGUGUGUGUGUGUGUGUGUGGAGGAAGAGGUACAGUGUUGUGAAUUGUGAUUUGUGAUUAUAGUGCUCAACCACAUUGUGUAAAUGUGUGUGUGGGGGGGGGGGAGAUAGGGUGAGUGAAUGAAUCAAAGUAUAUUCUCUACCAACAUAAUUUUAAAAAUAUUCUGAGAUAUUGUGAAUAAUCAAAAGUAACCAGAGAGAGAGAGAGAGAGAGGUGAAUGUAAGUACUAUGUGAAUUAAGUAAUGUAUGCACAAUGUCAGGUAAUGGAGUAUCUUCUGCAAUAAUUAAUUACAAGCAGGACAAGCUUUAAGUUCUCACAAAUUAAAUGUAGAUCAUUGAUAAUUGAUAUUUUGUAUUUCAGAAAACUUGAAAAGAGUGAAGUUAUUAUUUUGAACCAGUGUUUGUUGUGAUUUUAUACGAAUGUUAGUUGUGGUUUUCAAGGCGACACUUUUUAUAUGUAUUUUUAUUAACUUUAUUUAACUUCCUACUGUUUUUAUGUGCCACGUGUGAAUGAGGUUAUAAUUAUUAGUAGUUUUGAUAUGCUGACUAUACAGUAUAUAACUUCUUAAUCACCUGUAUAACUUUUCUUAAUUAUUUUCUUUUCUUUUGUGGUGUAAUGUAUGUUUCUUCUUUUGUAUAUAAUGUAAUUUUUUUGUACAAUUAUCUCAAUUGGUGUGUUUGUACAUAAUUCCUUCACCAGACUGGUCAAGUGGUCCUUACCAUGGAAUAAAACGGUGACUCAAA